AUGUUUAUUCCAAUCGUCGUAACAUUUAUUCGAAAGAGAAAAAGAAUUACUGACAGCGCUGUGGCAUCCUCAGCUGACUGGAUUAACUAUGUUAUUGGUGUUAAUCCAACCUAUUCAUAUUAUGCCGAUUUUCAUUUUACAUCGCCAAAUCAAUUUCAAGUUCUUUCUGACUUUUGUCAACUCUCAGAUCGAACAAUUAGUGAUGCACUGGAUGUAUUUUAUUCUACUAUGUUUAUCUCAGCUAAAUCACUUGACUCUGAUCUGUUUGUAUAUCGAACAAAAGCAAUUCUAGCUUCAUUCGAGGAUACUACAAUGAAUACAUUUCAGCGAUCAUUUCGUCAGAUUCGUAGUAUUACACAAGGAAAUCAGUUGAUGUUAGGAUUACUAUCGAAUGCAGCAUUUUACUUGUUGUUGUUGAAUAACCAAUAUUUUGUUACAUCCUAUAGUGCACAGUAUAUUGAUCCUGAUGGCUCGUAUUGUGACUGUCGUUAUAGAGCAUGUAUUUCAUUAUCAGCUUUUUACAUGGAUGAUCCGUCAGUUACUAGGUUGAUAGAUUUAAGCUGUGCUCUAUUCUCUCGUUCUGUACUGCACGUAUUUCUUUAAAUACAUAAUUUUAGCCUCAACUUCUGUUAGAACGAGAAAAUAA